GGCGAGAGUGGAAAGUGAAGAGCAGAGAGCUACAGUUGGAAAGUUAAACGUACAGUUUAAUGUUCCCUCCAGAGCCGAGCAAAUAAGUGAAAUAUCUUCUCACCAUGACAUCUAUCUCAGAGAAUAGUGAUAUGGAGAAGGUGCGCUCCGUAUCGGUGGACUUGAACAAUGAUGCAUCUCUUCUCAUUGAUAUCCCUGAUGCCCUCUGUGAACGCGACAAAGUCAAAUUUACCGUCCACACCAAGACCACACUUAGUUCCUUUCAGAAGCCGGAAUUUUCUGUGCCGCGGCAGCACGAAGAUUUCAACUGGCUCCAUGACACAAUGGUGGAGACUGAGGACUACGCGGGCCUUAUUAUCCCUCCUGCCCCACCAAAGCCUGACUUUGAGGGUCCCAGGGAGAAGAUGCAUAAGCUGGGAGAGGGAGAAUCCAGCAUGACAAAGGAGGAAUAUGCCAAAAUGAAGCAGGAACUUGAGGCGGAAUAUCUGGCUGUUUUUAAGAAGACCGUGCAGGUUCAUGAAGUUUUUCUACAGCGUCUCUCCUCGCACCCCGUCUUCAGCAAGGACAGAAACUUACAGAUAUUCCUGGAAUUUGACCAGGAUCUCAGCGUGAGGAGGAAAAAUGCCAAGGAAAUGUUUGGUGGAUUUUUUAAGAUCAUGGUAAAGAGUGCUGAUGAGGUCCUCAUGUCAGGGGUCAAGGAGGUUGAUGAGUUUUUUGAACAGGAGAAGACUUUUCUAUUGGAUUAUUCGAACAAAAUCAAAGAUGCCACUGCUAAGGCUGAGAAAAUGACCAGUUCACACAAAAAUGUUGCUGAUGAUUAUAAUCAUAUUUCUGCUGCUCUGAGCAGCACUGCUGCAGACAACAACACUGCCUUGAAAAAGCACUUAGAAACAUUUGCUGACAUGUUUGACAAGCUUAGAAAAGUAGAGGAUAGGGUGGCGUCUGAUCAAGAGCUCAAGCUGACAGAACUUUUGAGAUAUUACACAAGGGACAUUCAAGCUGCCAAGGACCUUUUAUACAGACGUGCUCGGUCACUUGCCGAUUACGAGAAUUCCAAUAAAGCUCUUGACAAGGCUCGUCUGAAGGGUAAGGACAUCGCACAGGCUGAAGAGCACCAGAGGCAGUGCAUGCAGAAGUUUGACAAGCUUUCUGAGUCUGGCAAGAAAGAGCUCACCUGCUUCAAGGCGAGGCGUGUAGUGGCCUUUCGUAAAAACUUGGUCGAGAUGACCGAGUUGGAGAUAAAACAUGCCAAGAACAGUGUGUCCCUUCUGCAGGGCAGCAUUGAGAUGCUGAAAAGAAACUGACCUACACGUUGGCGUCACUGGACAAUGCUGAGCACUUCAAAUUGUUACUGACCUAUUAGAGGGGAACCUCAGUAACCACUCUAAAAACGUGAAAUAGUGCCACCACCAGCACAACGUCACUACCAUGUUUACACUUUUCUGUAUUGUGCUUCUCCCCUCUUUACAGCCCGUAUCUUGCAACGUCAAACUGACGGCAGUGACUCCUUCCAUGAACAACACUUAAAACCUCUCCCAUUUAUUUGUCUCCAUUUGGAGUUAUCAAUAACACAAAUACCUGUGUUAUCACCCCACUCUUUUUGAAGUAUUUUGUUUUGCUUGCAUUACCUGAGAUGUUUUCUUCUGAUUACGCAGACAUUAAUAACAGAUGAAUUAAAAAUGUAUUGCUUUAGUGAAUGUGCUAUGAUUACACCAGUAGUAACUUGGAAAAUCAUUCAGUUGUUGUUCUGUUUUUGACUGCAGUUUUGUACCUCUAAAUGUGAUUAUUAAUCUGCUUUUUCUGUCACACUGGAAAAUUGAUUGUUUAUGAUUAGUUCUAUUAUCUGUCAUAUAAAGUUGGCGGGGAAACCGUUCAGUUUAAACCUCAGCAGAAGUGUUAUGUUGAAUAUUUGUCAUAUAUGCUGACAGAUCUCCUCUAAAUAUGGUGAAUAAACAUUCCUCAUAACCAUUUUUCUAUUCAAGAAAGUUUUAGCCAAAGAAAUCACCCAAUGUCACACAUUACUUGGGGGGGAUAGAAGUCUUAAGGGAAUGUUGACAUUCCUUAAUGAUCAAAUUGAGUGUAAGAUUACCCGUUGCCAUGGUCAAAACAGCACUUUCUCAUUACAUCUGUCUUUUGUUGUCUGAUACUUUUGUCUUAAUGUAAAAUUGCAUGCAAACCCUGAUGCCUUCAGUGUUUAAAAGGAUGCAAUAAGCAGUUCCCCACACAUGAGCUGUGCGUUUUCAAAAAUUUCGCUUUCAGGAGACUGAAGACAAAUUCACUAUACAGUAGCCUAUUUGCUUUGUUUUCUUCCACACCCUUCCUCUAAAUGAAAAUCAUUAUUCCUUAUUCAAUUUUUUGUUUGUUUUUUGCUUGACUGUUUCUUCUCUUGUUGUUGUUACUGAAAUCAACAGUCUAAAACUGCAUUCAAUGGACCAAAAUUUGUGUAAAGUUUGGUUUGAUGUAAAACCACAUGCAUUUGCAUGCUAUUCUGAUACAUGUUUUGUAAAAGCACUAUUGCAAUCAUGUACAAGCACAGGUAGUCCAAAAAUAGAUACAUUUUAUAAAUGAAUGUACAGAUGGAAAGUCUUUUCAUAUGGAGUAUCAUUUUUAUGAAAACUUGCAAUAAUGAAAUUAAAUAUGCCCUGCU